ACGAGGGAGCCGUUGAAACAGACAUGCACAUUUGCCACCGUCAGGUCGCAUCUUUCCCGCCAAACCAAACUGUCAAGAUGACAAACACCAGAACCUAUUUCAUUCAGAAGCUCCGAGACUGCAAGGUCCUCAUCUCUGCAGCUUCAACUCAUUGCUUGAUGAUAAAAUACGGAUUAUUUAGUGAUACUUUCAGUAUCAAUCACCUGAUAAACUGCUAUGUAAGGCUCCGAAGAGCUGACCAUGCACACCGGCUGUUCGAAGAAAUGCCUGAGCCAAAUGUAGUGUCGUUUACUUCUCUCAUGGCUGGAUAUGUCGACACGGGUAAGCCCCAAAUCAGUAUUUUUCUUUUAAGAGAAAUGCUUGAGAAUUCGGUUAUGCCAAAUGACUUUACUUUUGCUACGGUGAUUAAUGCUUGUUCAUCUCUUUCUGAUAUUAAGAUGGGCAAGAAAGUGCAUGCCCUUGUUGAGAUUAUGGGGUUUCGGUGUAAUCUUGUGGUUUUUUCGUCACUUGUUGAUAUGUAUGGGAAGUGCAAUGUUGUUGAUGAAGCUCGGCGAGUUUUUGAUUUGAUGGGUUUCAGAAAUAUAGUUUCUUGGACUGCAAUGAUUGUAGCUUAUGCACAAAAUGCAAGAGGCCACGAGGCACUUGAAGUUUUUAGAGAAUUCAGUGGACUGAUGCUGGAAAGUCCAAAUCAUUUUAUGUUGGCUAGUGUGAUAAAUGCUUGUGCAAGCUUGGGUCGGCUAGUGUAUGGGAAAGUUACUCAUGGAGCAGUGAUUCGUCUUGGGCAUGAAUCAAAUGAUGUUGUUGCAAGUGCACUGGUCGACAUGUAUGCCAAAUGUGGGUGUGUUAGUUCUUCAGACAAGGUCUUUAGGAGAAUCCAAAAUCCCUCUGUAAUCCCUUAUACUUCGAUGAUCGUUGGUGCUGCAAAGUAUGGACGUGGAGAUUUAUCACUCAAACUCUUCAUAGAGAUGAUAGAUGGGGGAAUAAAGCCUAAUGAUGUCACUUUUCUUGGAGUUUUACAUGCUUGUAGCCAUUCUGGACUUGUCAAAGAAGGCAUUGAGCACCUUGAAUCCAUGUAUCCAGAACACGGGAUAUUGCCCGAUGCAAAGCAUUAUACAUGUGUCGUUGAUAUGCUUGGCCGAAGUGGCCGUCUCGAUGAAGCCUACCAGUUAGCAAAAUCUGUGCAGGUAGAAACUGAGGCAGGGGCUCUGUUGUGGGGUACUCUUCUUUCAGCAAGUAGGCUUCAUGGAAGGGUUGAUAUUGCAGUCGAAGCUAGCAAAUGGCUAGUUGAUUCUAAUCAGCAAGUAGCAGGUGCUUAUGUUACAUUGUCUAACACUUAUGCACUGACUGGGGAAUGGGAGAACGUCCACAAUGUUAGGUCCAAAAUGAAGCACACAGGAGUCAUCAAGGAACCUGGAUGUAGCUGGAUUGAAAUAAGAGAUUCAACUCACGUUUUCUAUGCUGGAGAUGUAUCGUGUGAGAGACAAGACGAGGUGGUGAGCUUGUUGAAGGAGUUGGAGAGGAGAAUGAAAGAAAGAGGAUAUAAAGGUGGAAGUACUGGAUUGGUGUUUGUUGAUGUGGAAGAGGAGGCCAAGGAGGAAAUAGUAAAUCUGCACAGUGAGAGACUUGCCUUGGCUUUUGGGUUAAUAUGCAUACCAAAGGGAGUUACUAUUAGAAUAAUGAAGAAUUUGAGAAUGUGUGCUGAUUGUCAUCUUGCUUUCAAGCUGAUCAGUGAGAUUGUGGCAAGGGAUUUUGUUGUGAGAGAUGUCAAUAGAUUUCAUCAUUUUGAAAGUGGGUCUUGCAGUUGCAAGGAUUUUUGGUGAUCAGUAUUCAAUUCAUACGGACCCUUUCUUUAUCUUGUCUUCCUUUUGAGUCAGAAUCCAGCCAAUUAAGUCCAUACACUGCCACCAUCAUUGUGCCAUAUCUCACAAAAUUCCAAGACUUCAUAGGUUCAAAAUUAUCUGCCACAGGGUGCAGUAAUGUCUGUACUGGAUCUCCAUCUGCAAAACUGGGUGAGCACCUCCUUGAUAAUUGGUGGUAGUCCGGCGGUGGACCUAGGCUGAGAACGGAAGUGCUGAGCAAGGGAGAGUUCAGAGUAGUAGCAAAGUUCAGAGGAGCGUGACGAUACUCAGAAUUGGAUGAUUUUCUCUGCACCCCCAAAGUCUAUUUAUAGGGACCAGUUGGGUGGCGGCUCAGGUUGAGGAAAGUCUUCCUCGAAUCUCAGGGUCAGCCAAACGUCAGAGGCCCGGUAAUUCUGCUGAGUGCUGAAGACUCAAAUCUUUCAGCUGGUGAGUGCAAAGUUUGUUCGAGGUAGUGGGCUUGACGCUGGGCUAAACCUUUGGGCCUACUGAGCCCAUUGAAUCUCUUGGACCCAUUGAUACAUGAGUUUGAUGGUAUCUUGGAUCCAUCUUUGUUGGUCUAGGUGUCUCUUGGAUGUAGAUUUAUGCCUUGGACUACAGUAACCUAAUUGGGUCUGUGCAGCCCUUUGACCCAUGAGAGCUUAAGUUGGUGAUUGUUUGAACCGUGGGCUGGAUUCGGGCCUGAUACCAAAUUUGGCCCUUACAAGUAUCAACAUAAUUACGAACGAAUUGUCAAAAAAUGAAGAUAGUCAAGUUUCGAUGAACGAGAUUCGUGAUUCGAAAUAAAAGAGAGAUUGAAAAGAGAGUGAGUCAGAAUCUUGGAGAGGGAGGAAGGGGGGAGAGAGAGAGGUGUGAGGUAGAUAGAGAAGAGAGAGACAUGAGGUAGGGAGAGAGAAAUGAGAGAUACUUG